AUGGAGGCUGGGGUUAUCAAGAGCGAGAAGGAGGCACCUGCAGCACCAGCCCCAGACGUAUCCGAAGGCUCUUUCGCCGCCUUCAAACGAAUUUUCAAAUAUGGCGGACCUUUUGAACAUUCUCUACAAGCCGUCGCAUCCCUAGCAGCCAUCGCUUCUGGCGCCGGCAUAGCGUUCCAACCCCUCAUCCUAGGCUCGUUCGUCACAGCCAUCACGGACUUCACAACAUCGCAAUCAUCUGCAGCCAACCUUCGCUCAGAAGCCUCCAGACUAGCUCUAUACUUUUUCCUCCUUGGACUUGGCCGUUUAAUUCUAUCAUACAUUUACAACACACUUUUCACCUUCGCCGCUCAUCUAACCACUCGCAACAUUCGACACGAUUACCUCAAAUCGGCGCUUGGCCAAGAAGUCGCAUAUUACGAUUUCGGGUCUGGUGGCUCUAUCGCAACACAAGCUACCUCCAACGGCAGACUGAUUCAGGGCGGAAUCAGCGAAAAGCUAGCUCUCGUAUUCCAAGGCAUCGCUGCUAUCAUCACUUCGUUCAUCAUCGCUUUCGUGGUCCAAUGGAAACUCACCCUAAUAUGCCUUUGUGUCGUCCCAACUGUUCUCAUUGUGUCCGGUAGUGCGAUUUGGUUUGCGGGUACCUAUGAGAACCAGAUCUUGGAGAUUAAUGCGAAGGCUAAUGCAUUUGCUGAGAGCGUUCUUUCCAGUGUGCGGACUGCUCAUGCGUUUGAGAUCAGGGAUAGACUGGUUGAUAGGUUCGAUGACUAUUUGGGCUACUCUCAUACGAUUGGGAACAAGCUUUCGCUUAUCUUCGGAAUAUUCUUCUCGGCGGAUUAUUGUGUCGUCUACUUGGGCUAUGGUCUGGCUUUUUGGCAGGGUAUUCGCAUGUUGGCAAAAGGGGAGAUUGUCGAGUCUGGUGGGAUCUUUACUGUCAUCAUGUCGGUCAUUAUUGCUGCCACUCAGCUGACCAUGCUUGCCCCAUAUAUGAUCGACUUCACCAGAUCUGCUAGUGCCGCAGCCAAGCUUUUUGAGUUGAUCGAUCGGAAGUCUCAAAUUGACCCAUUUGACAAUUCCGGAGAGCAGCCAUCUGAGACAGUCGGCGAGAUUGAACUUGAUGGCGUUACUUUUGCUUAUCCUACUCGGCCCGGAGCGACUGUCCUGGACAAUUUCACUUUGAAAGCCCCUGCCGGCAAGGUCACUGCGCUGGUGGGUCAAUCCGGCUCCGGCAAAAGCACUAUCGUCGGCCUUCUCGAGAGAUGGUACAAUCCCUCCACAGGAGCCAUUAAACUGGAUGGUCGUCCAAUCAACGAACUGAAUCUGAACUGGCUCCGAAGGAACAUCCGUCUUGUUCAGCAAGAGCCUGUCUUAUUCCAAGGCACCGUUUUUGACAACAUCAGACACGGCUUGAUCGGUACACAAUGGGAACAUGCCCCAAGAAAUCAACAAAUGGAGCAAAUUCAGGAAGCGGCUAACAUGGCAUUUGCCCACAAUUUCAUCGCUGAGCUCCCUGAUGGAUAUGAUACCCAGAUUGGGCAGCGUGGUGGCCUUUUAUCAGGAGGUCAGAAGCAACGGAUUGCUAUCGCUCGCAGCAUUGUGUCUCAGCCGAAGGUUCUUCUCCUGGAUGAAGCGACUAGUGCCCUGGAUCCGCAUGCUGAAGGUGUUGUUCAGAAAGCACUUGAUAAGGCUUCGGAGGGCCGAACUACGAUUGUCAUUGCUCAUAAGCUUGCAACUAUACGGAAGGCCGAUAAUAUCAUCGUUAUGAAUAAGGGACAAAUUGUUGAGCAAGGUACCCAUGAGGAGUUGAUUGUCCACGAUGGAACUUAUGCUCAGCUUGUGAGAAUACAGGACUUGACUGUUUCGAGUAGCUCUUCGCAAUCUGACCUGUCAUUGGAGCCUGUGGAGGAUCUCAAAGCAGAUGCCGUUGCAAAAGCUCCAACUCACUCAUCCUACUCACCAGCUAAAACUCAGAAAGAGCGCGAUAAUUACGAUCACCACAAACAACGCAACAUAAUCUUCGUUAUCUACCGCCUGGUCCUUGAGACGCCUGAGCUUGCAUUUGCAUACUGCCUGGUAUUAGCCGCAUGUCUAGCAGGUGGAGCAACAUUUCCCGGCCAGGCAAUCCUUCUAUCCAGAGUCGUCGACGUCCUCACUCUCUCAAGCACCGAAAUGGAACGCAAAGGAAAUUUCCUCGCAAAAAUGUUCAUAGUGCUCGCAGCCGGCUGUCUGGUGGCUUAUUUCGUCCUCGGCUAUGCAACCAACAUCGUCGCCCAACAUCUAAGUCACAAGCUUCGCAGACAAAGUCUUCGCGACAUGCUCCGACAAGAUCUCCAGUUCUUCGAUUGCGAAGAGAACAGCACCGGUGCACUCGCUGCGCGCAUCGAUUCGAACCCACAGGCUAUACUUGAGCUAAUGGGGUACAAUAUCGGUCUUAUGCUGAUGGCCUUCCUCAAUGUUACUGUAUGUGGAAUCUUGGCACUAGCUUAUAGUUGGAGACUUGGGCUUGUUGUUAUCUGCGCGGGUCUUAUUCCAUUGGUUGGCGCGGGUUAUCUGAAAAUUCGACUUGAUGCGAAGCUUGAUCGUGACACUUCCAAACGAUAUUCAGUAAGUGCUUCUAUUGCGUCAGAAGCUGUGAUGUCUAUCCGGACAAUCUCAUCACUUGCUAUUGAGCAUUCUGUGUUGGAGAGGUAUACUGCAGAAUUGGAUGAGGCUGUGACGGAUCUGAAACGUCCGCUGUUCACUAUGAUGGUCAGCUUUGCAUUUACCCAGUCUAUCGAGUAUUGGUUCAUGGCUCUUGGAUUCUGGUAUGGUUGUCGUCUCCUUUCUUUUGGCCAGAUUACCCUAUACGCCUUCUUCGUCGCUUUCCUCGGGGUAUAUUUUGCCGGUCAAGGCGCGUCACAGCUUUUCCAGUUUUCGACGAGCGUUACGAAAGGUGUUAAUGCUGCAAACUACCUUUUCUGGCUUAAGGAUCUCCAGCCAAUUGUGCAAGAGACCGAUGAGAAUCGGGACAAUGGUCCUGGAGGUGGAGAUUCAAUUGAAUUGGAUCAAGUACGAUUUUCCUAUCCUCUCCGCCCCGACAUGCCGAUUCUCAAGGGCGUUGAUCUCAAUAUCAAAAAGGGCCAAUUCAUAGCCCUUGUCGGCGCAUCAGGAUGUGGUAAAUCAACUAUGAUAGCCCUCUUAGAACGAUUCUAUGACCCAUCAACCGGCUCCAUCAAAAUCAACUCCUCAGCUCUAUCAAUUCUAAACCCACGUCUCUUCCGCAACAUCAUCGCCCUCGUCCAGCAAGAACCGAAUCUAUUCCCAGUUUCAAUUCGUGACAAUGUUAUCUUCGGUCUAGACAAAAACGAGAUCACUCCCGGACUGCAAGAAAUCGACGACAGGAUUGAGUCUGCUCUUCGCGCAGCUAAUGCAUGGAGUUUCGUUUCCUCACUUCCCGACGGCGUAUCAACAUCCGUUGGGCUCGGAGGGUCACAAUUAUCCGGUGGUCAAAGACAGCGUAUCGCGAUUGCAAGAGCACUUAUUCGGAAUCCGAAAGUUCUGUUACUGGAUGAGGCUACUAGCGCGCUUGAUACGGAGAGUGAGCGGGUUGUGCAUGAUGCGCUGGCUGCGGCGAUAGGUGGGGAUAGGAUUACCAUCGCGGUUGCACAUCGACUUAGUACUGUGAAAGAUGCGGAUGUUAUUUGUGUAUUUCAUAAAGGGCGCGUUGAGGAGAUGGGGUCGCAUCGGGAGUUAAUUGGGAGGGGUGGGAUGUAUCGCAAGAUGUGUGAGGCACAGGCUUUAGAAUAG